GAGAGACGGACGGCGGGUCACCGCAUAAUCUUGGGGAGAGAAGCGACCGAGAAGUCGCCUUAAAGAGAGUCGCUCUCGUCGAUCGACCGGUUGCAUUCGGAGAGCGAGGAAUGGUCCAGGCCGACGUCACAUCGAGCAUCCCAGUGCAAAUGCCAUCCCUAAUACAGAAAGACGUGUACGCUCGAACAUCGAGCGGCAGCUUAUACAUCGAGAACAUCGACCACGACGUCACCCCGGCCGAGAUUGCAGCCUUUUUGAAAAUCACGUCCUCGCCGUCUAUCUCGCCCGACGCUGUACAAACUCGCGCAGAAUCCCGCGGGGGUCGAAUCAAGGCCCCUAGGCCGUUUAUCAGGAUCACCUCGCCCCUUUCCUCGGAGGCUGGGUCCCCGACAGAAGUCAUCACCCGUGAAGCUGCACCUCCGGCUGGGGUCCCGAACUACGCUAGAUCUCGUCAGAAUAAGCGAGGGUCUGAACCCACUCGACCUCGAACCAUGUUCGGCUGGGCAGCCAGUCAGUUGCCACAGGCCGCUCCUACUCCGGCUUCAUCCUCCCCGUCGAGGCCGGCUACGACGUCACGCAGCAGCACGACAGAUGCCGUCUUGACCGUUGCGGCGAUCAGUAGCGGAAACGUCUCGCCUGUACCCGCGUCUCCCAUCGAGGAUCGUCGAUUCUCCUUCUCUGGAGCUUUUCUUCGCCCACGGCCCAACUCAAUGGUUUCAACGAGCAGUUCCACCUCGUCCUCGGGGCAGCUAGCUCGAGGCCCUGGUCAUCAUCAAAGUGACAAGAAGUCGCAGAAGCGGCCGAUGAGCGGUUUGUUCCGACGAAUGUCCAGCUCGCAGUCAAACAAGAUUGUACCGCGAAAACCCGUAUUGCUACCCAGUCCUAGGGAAGAGGAGGAGCAAUUUGAGUUCGUUACAACAAAUUCGAGGAGCAGUACCACACGUGCUGCUACCACCACGGAGAUACUCGAGCCCCAGUCAGGAUGGAAGCGUUUCAUACGCAAGAUGACGAGUGCAAAGGACCACUCCACGAUCGGCACUGGCCGUGAGAUGAAGCUCGAUGGGGUAGCGGCUUUCGAUAGCGCAGGAGUAUCGCAUAGUGUUCCAAGCGACUCUUCGAUCGAAAAUUCGGCAGUCCAAGAGGUCGUGCCAAGCCGGCCACGGUCUUCAGGCUCGAGUGCAGUUGACGCCGAUUCCCUGCAAGCACCAUCCCUCGACAUCGGGUCGGCCACAUCGCCGAGUGAGACUGGAGCAGAACAUACGCCAGUAGAUUGUCCCCUUCCAUCCGAAAGCCUUCGAUCGGUCAUGGGGUUGGAACUCAAGCGAAGUCCCAAGUCGGACACUCUGGUUGAAAUGGCAGGAUUUUCAAAGCAGCAGAAGGACGAUUCGAUGUGAAAGAACGGGGACGCAGCAGAAUAGUUGACACGAACAGACAUUGCCAUCUUGAGCAAUACAUCCCGAGCACGCAAACGAGCAUACGUAAAGCAUUUGUAUAGCAUUUCAUCCAGCAUUUCUGUAGACUGAUAGUUUCGUCAAUUUCGUUCCACCAUCGUCGUUUGAUUGUUGUUGUUGCUCUUCUCGUGACGGAUAUGUUUACGUAAUCACAAAUCGCAACGACCCGCCAUCGCGCC